CCGCGCCACCGCCUGCGCCGCUCGGGAAGAGGCGGGCUCGGCUGCCCGCACCCCGCACCCCGCCAUGGCCGCGCUUACAGUGCCGUGAGCCGCGGCUGGAGCGUGCCCGGCGCCCGGCAUCGCCGGGAGCCCCGGGCCAUGCGGCUGCCGCUGCCGCUGUGGCUCCUGCUGCCGUUGCUCAGCGGCAGCGGGGCGGCGGAGCCCCCGACAGACCCUCCUGUCCAGCUGCCGGCUCCUCAGAACCUGAAGAUUCUCCUGUACAAUGCGCAGCAGGUUCUGAGCUGGGAUCCAGUCCCCCCGCCUGAUGACACGGGGCCGGUGGUCUACCAGGUGCAGUACAAAUACACCAGCACCACCGAGUGGAGUGACGUGGUCGAUGAACGCAUCAACUGCUCGCGCGUGGCGGCGCCGCUGUGCAACUUUACGGCCGGCCAGGGCUUCGUGUACUCCUACAAUGUGUCCCUGCGUGUCUGCGCCCACCAGGGCUCCCGCGCCUCCGCCUGGGCCUUUGCACCCUGGUUCGAGCACUACCGGAAUGUUACCAUCGGACCUCCAGAAAACCUGUCGGUGAAGCCCGGAGGAGGCUCCCUCAUCGUCUCCUUCUCUGACCCCUUCAAGAUAUCCAGCAAGGAAAACAAGGUGUUUUUCCGCUAUUUUGUGUGCUACUGGGAAGACUGGGACGAGGCCAGGUGUGAGAAGAAUGAAGACGCCUACAGGGAGACCCUCAUCCAGCUGACGGGCCUGAGACCCUGGCGCCGCUACUGCGUGCGUGUGCGCGCCCAGCUGUGGGAGAAGCAGCAGAGCCUCUCGGAGUCUGGUUCCUACAGCGACGUCGCAUGCAGCGAGACAGGCCGAGAUGCCUCCGCCGAGCUGCAGCAGGUCAUCGUCAUCGCCCUGAGCAUCUUCCUGGUGCUGAUCAUACUGGUGGUGGUCUGUCUCUUCCUCGUCCUGAGAUACAGGGACCUCAUUAAGCUCUGGUUCCACAGGCCGCCCCGCAUCCCCUUACAGAUCGAAGAGUAUCUCAGGGACCCGGCCCAGCCAAUCCUGGACACUCUAGACAAGGACAGCUCUUCCACAGACGACGCCUGGGACCACGUCUCCCUCGUCUCGUUUCCAAACACCCACUGAGGAGCUGAUUCCUCCCCACAGCACUUUGCACAGAAGCACCGGAGCUGGCCCGCCUGGGCUGAGGCUCCUACCAACUUCCGUCCACCCACGCCCCAUGUUCCUGCAGCAGAAAGGCCCUCGGUGGGGGUGAC